AUGGACCUCGACGAAUUCUCCGACGAUGGCUUCGACGACCUGACUGACCAUGCGCUCCAAGAGCUCGAACGCAAUGCCAUCCAGCUCACCCAGGCUCAAGCCGCCCCAAGACUCAGUCCGCGGAAGCCUCCGUCUCAGGAGCCGCAUACGCGCAUCUCUGACUACGGCUGGGAGGAAGAAGACGAUGACCUGGACAACUCCGAAGUCAUCAACGACGCUGGCCUCCCCAUUGGCCGCCCUGUCGUCGACAACACCUUGCAACAGCGAGAGCGGCAGCGAGAGCAGCAGCGGCGUCUGGCAGAAGCCCAACUCCCGCGCCGACCUCUUCCUCAGGUCCCCAACCCGAGAUGGAACCCGACUGUCGAUCCCGCCAACCGCCCAGGCGCCGCCAUGCCGGCCCGGCCCCAGGGCCUCGGCCGCGUCAACGCCCCUCAGCCAAGCCAACUCGCCCGACCGAUACUUGCCCAGAAUCGCUUCGCACCAUCGCAGCAGUCGCAAGCGGGCGAUGUUGUGCAGGCCCUGCAGCAGCGCUUGCGCGCCCUCGAAGCCGAGCUCAACGCCGCCCGCGGCGAGGCGUCCAUCAUCCGCGCCAACUCGGCAAAGGCCCAGCAAGAGUACGAGGCCCAGACCACACGCCUCAAAAAGCUCAAUGCCGAGCAGGUGGCCAAGCAGGAGCGUAUCGUCGAAGCCGCCAUUGCCGCCGAGAGGAGCGCCAACACCGAGCUCCAGUUCCUGCAACGGGACAUGAGGGAGGUCAGUGACCGAGCCCGGAGAAAAGAGACUGCCAAUGGGCCGGCAUCAGGCAUGACGACACCCAAGAAGGCAUCUAAAACGUGGGGGUUCGCCGAUGGCUUCGACGAGAUGGACAUGGCCGAGAGCCCCAGCAAAACCCAGGCGCGCACCAGGGGCUCCGGCUCGGUCGCCGCAAACGUCGGAGAGAGGACACCGAGUAAGGGAAAGAGGAAGCGCCCGAUAGUCGACAGUCCCGUGGCCGCGUUGGAGACACACACCGAAGAUGUAGUCAUGGCGGAGGACAGGCCAGUCGCUGCCUCUGCCGCACAGCCUCUGAUGCUGGAAGCAACCCCUGCGGCUCCCUUUGAGUUUCUCCAGUUGGCGCUGGACCACGGUGCUUUUCAACAGCAGCCGCCCACGUUUGACACCUUGUCGCGGGUUGCAUUCCCGUCUGACCCGACUGCGACCUCUCUUGCUUCCAUGAUCUUCGAGAAACUGCCGCUCAUGGGCGAUCCUCGUCGGCCGAUGCAGCUCCUUGUCGACUUUGCCGAACACAUCAUCUCGUUAUGGGCGCGAUGCGUAGAAGAGCAGUUUUGGGAGCCGGUCAAGUAUCUCGUUGCUCUCAUCUCGUUUACCUUUGAUCUUCACACAAUCUCGGUGGCGCCGCUUAUCGUCGCGAACCUCGCCCCCAUCGCUCAGGCGACCAUGCUGGUCCUGGCCGAGGCACGGCGGCGGCUUCUCGAAGGCACCCUGCCGGGCGACAACGAGUUGGGCUUUCUAGAAGAGCACAUCGACACGACGCGGAUCCUCUCUCUGCUCUACAUGUCAGCCUUGGCCUGCGCCACGACGCCGAGCGAGACCGAAAAUGGCUUCGAGUACACCGCCGUUGGGUUCUGGAGGCUCAUGUCUCUGGACGUGGUGCUCCUCCUCCUGACGCCCAAGCAAAAGUUGAGCGACAUCAUCGGCAUGCUCGAUCUCCUGGCCUCGUCGUCGCUGCCUGGGUCGAUUGGGCCCGUCACCGACGAGGCGGACCCUGUCAUCAUUGCGCGAGCCGUGAUCGAGCGGGUAUCGGCCAAGCUGACGGAGCAGCCCCGGCCCUCAAUGGCGGCGGAACAGAGAAGACGGCUACGUCUUACGGCCCUGCGGACGCUGGUUGCAUUUGCGCUCUAUCCAUUCGGUGCUUUGCAACUCGCCUCUCACAACGGCGCCCUUCCGCGUCUCGUCACUUGUUUGAGUGCGUCCAUUGAUGAUUUGUACGACCAACCUGUUGCCCUCCAUCUACUGCCUCCUCUUCCCGACUCCCUCAACUGCUCCUUGAAAUUGCCAGAGUCCACGGCAUCCGCCGAUCUGUACUGCAUCAUCUCCCAGAGCGUCCUGCUCAUCCACAGGCUAGUCACCGACCCGAGCACGUCCAACGUGGCCGAUAUCAGCCAAAAGCUGUCUGUGGCCCACGGUGGGAGUCAACGCUAUCUCCUCGCACUCGGGAGACUGACAUUUGCGGAGGAAGAUCUGAUCAUAGAGGCGGGCAUCGAAGCAGAGGUGGCCGAGGCUGCCCACGAGCUCUUGGAAUUGAACGUUACGCCCGACGACGGAGAGGCCGUUGGCGAGGCUUUUGGGGCGUUGACAUGA